GCCAGAUUGCAGGACAACGUGGACUGAAGGCAACAUUGCAUAAACCUCGUAUCAUAAGCUGAUAGCAGCGUGACUAGUGAACUAUAGCAAAGGGCCCGUGUUGCUAAUUGGAAGUUGUGCUGUAUUCUCGAGGAACUUAAGCUAGCUAGUUAACGUUAAUCAGGUUGUUGCUUGCAGCACUUGAUCUGAGGAGUAGUAGGAGCUUUAGCCACCGUCACUAUUAGCCAGUGUUAGUUUGGAUUGUGGUGCAAGGCAGAGAAGAGACAGAUCAGCUUCAUGACGAUGACUGCAGAGGAGCAAACAAGUGAAGUACAACAUACAAUCCCCCUGGAGGGAGAGGACAUCACACCAAAGAAAGAUGGGGGUGUUUUAAAGGUGAUCAAAAGGGAAGGUACAGGCACGGAACUGCCUAUGACCGGUGACAAAGUGUUUGUACAUUAUGUGGGCACACUUCUGGACGGGACUCAUUUUGACUCCAGUAGAGACAGAGGAGAGAAGUUUUCCUUUGAGUUGGGCAAAGGACAAGUAAUAAAGGCUUGGGACAUCGGUGUAGCCACAAUGAAAAUUGGGGAGUUGUGCCAGCUCAUCUGUAAGCCAGAGUAUGCUUAUGGAUCUGCAGGCAGCCCACCCAAGAUACCACCCAGUGCCACUCUUGUUUUUGAGGUGGAACUGUUUGAAUUUAGAGGGGAAGACAUAACUGAAGAAGAGGAUGGAGGAAUCAUCCGACGCAUUAUCACUAAAGGAGAGGGAUAUUCUAAACCUAAUGAGGGAGCAGCUGUUGAAGUAACCGUGAUAGGGACCUGCGAUGACAGUGUGUUUGACGAGAGGGAAUUAAAGUUUGAAAUUGGAGAUGGUGAGAAUUUGGGUUUGCCAGCUGGAGUCGAGAAGGCUAUCAUGGCUAUGGAACAGGGAGAGGAGGCGGUCUUCACAAUUAAACCUAAAUAUGGUUUCGGGAAUGCAGGAAAUGCAAAGUUUAACAUUCCUGGUGGAGCAACAUUGCAGUACAAGAUUAAACUAACAGCCUUUGAGAAGGCUAAGGAAUCAUGGGAAAUGAACGCAUUGGAAAAGCUGGAGCAGAGCAGCAUUGUCAAAGAGAAGGGAACACAGUAUUUUAAGGAGGGAAAAUAUAAGCAGGCAUCAGUGCAGUACAAAAGGAUUGUGUCAUGGCUGGAACAUGAAUCUGGUUUGUCGGAAGAGGACGAGAAGAAGGCGAAAUCAUUGCAGCUUGCUGCGCACCUGAAUUUGGCCAUGUGCUUCCUUAAACUACAGGAGCCAAACAAAGCCCUGGAACACUGUGACAAGUCGAUGGAGUUGGAUGCAUCCAAUGAAAAGGCGUUAUUCCGAAGGGGAGAGGCGCUGUUUGGAAUGAACGAGUUUGAGAAGGCGAGAGAUGAUUUCCAAAAAGUGCUUCAGCUGUAUCCUGCCAACAAGGCUGCAAAGAACCAGGUGCUGCUUUGUCAGAAACGUAUAAAGGAGCAGCACGAGAAGGACAAACGCAUCUAUGCCAACAUGUUCCAGAAAUUUGCAGAGAGGGAUUCAAAGAAAGAAGCAGAGAAGGGGAAGAGUGAGAGCGUGGAGAACGGAGACGAUGCGAUGGAGGUUGAAAACGGAGAAAAGGAAGCUGGGGGUGAAGCAAAAGCGUAGAUGAAGACGCAGCUUUUUUUUUUUCCUUUUCUUUUUCUUCCUUCUCUCCUGCGGUUCAUCUGUACUUCAGACUUUUGUAACUCUGGCCAUUUGUGUUUAAGGUGUGAUUGUUUGUGUGUGAGAAUGAGUAUGUCAUCGACAGCACUGACCUUGGGCACGUCCUCGCUGGCUUUCUUCUUGUUGGGCUUUUUGCUGUGGCAGCUAGCCGAGUGUGGGGUGAGGUGUCGUCAGCUUAUGGCACUGUGGGACGUGGAUUUAAAUGAAUUGUAUGCUACAGUCCUACGUCCACCCCCAAACAACUCCCCCACAACUCUGAACUGUGCAUGUGGUUUCAAAAGAAUUUGGGAAGUGUGUGGGGGGGGAAUUGCAUCCAAAAUGUUAAGUGCAGAAUUUCAGAACCUUCACCCGUCAAGGGCUAGACCAUCCCCCACCUUGCACUACCUUCUGUCUAACCCACCCAAUGUUUUUUGCUAUCCAUCCAAGCCUCCUCACGGGCCUACUGAUCAAUUCCGGAGUUGUGAUGGCUGUGUGCAUAGAUCCACUGUGUUUUCAAUGUUAGUGCCUAUGUCCCAAAGUAUGUAUGUAGCAGCACUGUGGAUAGGUGGAGUAAUAAGAUGUUGGUGUGAAAUAGCUGUCAAACUUGGAGCUUUUCUCUCAGUUUAAAAUGGAGUUCACUUUUAACCCCUAGGGUACAGGACUGUUCACCUUCUGCUUUGGAAAUGAUUUUUUGUACUUUUUAUUUCCUAGUGUUGUGCUUGUGAUUUCUGUAUUGUUCUCAAAACUACAAAUACAACAGUUUACUUAACUGGAAUAUGUGCAUUUUUAAAGCAGCUACAGUAGAAAGUACCUGAAUUUGCUUCUCCUGGAUGCCCUCAAGUAUUAAGCAGUUAAGUCUUAAUUUACUGUAAAAAGUACUUGUAUGAAACUGUACAUAUUUAGCUUGUCAGAUUCAGGUUCAGACUGUGCACCAGAGGAUGAAAUUACCCUUUUUCAUUUUAGUCAGCAGUGCCUGCAGGAAAGGGGUGAAAAACCAAAUGAGAGGCCCGUUUUUUAAAAACAUGGCUGUGGGUUGUAUGUACAGCUCAUCUUUGUUGGGGGGGGAAAAGUCACUGCUUGUUCUGUCCUGACAGAAGGAUUUAAUAAACAAAUGGAUACAACUCAGCUGCGUGUGAUAUUUUUGACUUGCACAUGCAUUUCCUCCCACUUUUCGUUGGUCACUUGAGGAACUCGAGAACCUGUGAAGUAUGCAUUGACACAAAGUGCAAAAUAAAGAAUCUCCUGACGGUGUGUCACAUGAGGAGGACAACUCCUCAGCUGGACUUAUGGUCUAUGAUGUGGAGUUUUUACUUUAAGCAAAAUGAAAUUGACCUCAUUUUAAAUUCUUAAAUGUUUAAAGGUUGCAUGAGUUGAUAAUGGCUAAGCUGUAAUAACUUUGAUUUGUAAUAUAUGCAUUGCAAGUUAACUGAAUUUGGUGUUUGCACUGUCUGUCAGACAAAGUAAGCUACUGCAAAGUGAUGGGGUGGGACUGUAAAUGCAUUUUUUUUUAUUAUUAUUGUUUCAUAUUGUGCUUCAAUGAAACAUAAGGUUAACUAAGAUGUUUACUCUCCAUCUUUAUGGGAGGAAUAUUAAAAUCUCUGUGCAAAAAUA